CCAUUUUGUUUUGGAUCGUUAAGUGGGCCUGUGGUGGAGCGUUGGUGUGUCAGGGGUUCGACUUCUUCCACAAACUAUUUAAGAGACAGCAGCAGGAGGGACUGGACUGGAUUGUAGAAAACUUCAAGAGUUAAGGAGUGCGGAGUGCUGCUCAGGUGCCUUUGUUUCAGGUCAUAGUCUCUGUUCUAUAUAGCAGCCAACCACAAGGGUUGAUUGGGUCUCACUCUGUUACCCAAGCUGGAGUGUAGUGAUGCAAUCACAGCUCACUGCAGCCUUGACCUCCUGAACUCAAGUGAUCCUCCCACCUCAGCCUCCUAACUGGGGCUACAGAUUCCCUGUCUCUGCUUUAACCUGGGCUGCUUGCUAAGUGCUUGCCUCUCAGGAUCCUUGUGGAGCUGAACUUGCAAAACAGAUUGGAACUUCAAGAUUAUCAAUAAUCGGAGAUACAUAUAUUUUAUUUGUAAAGAAAACAUGGCUGCCCUAUUCCUACGUGGUUUUGUCCAAAUAGGGAACUGCAAGACUGGGAUAUCUAAGUCAAAAGAAGCAUUCAUUGAAGCAGUGGAAAGAAAGAAGAAAGAUAGACUGGUGCUGUAUUUCAAAAGUGGAAAAUAUAGCACUUUUCGGCUAAGUGAUAAUAUUCAAAAUGUAGUCCUUAGAUCCUAUAGAGGAAACCAAAAUCACCUGCAUUUAACUUUACAAAAUAAUAAUGGCUUGUUUAUUGAAGGAUUAUCCUCCACAGAUGCUGAACAAUUGAAGAUAUUCUUGGACAGAGUUCAUCAAAACAAGGUUCAGCCACCUGUGAGACCUGGUAAGGGUGGGAGUGUUUUUUCUAGCACAACAACACAGAAGGAAAUCAACAAAACUUCAUUCCACAAAGUUGAUGAGAAAUCAAGUAGCAAAUCUUUUGAGAUAGCAAAAGGAAGUGGGACAGGUGUCCUUCAGAGGAUGCCUUUGCUUACAUCAAAAUCAUCAACACUUACUUGCGGAGAGUUAUCAGAAAAUCAGCACAAGAAGAGGAAAAGAAUGCUCUCAUCUAGCUCAGAGAUGAAUGAGGAAUUCUUGAAAGAAAAUAAUUCUGUAGAAUACAAGAAAUCCAAGGCAGAUUGUUCGAGGUGUGUAAGCUAUAAUCGAGAGAAACAAUUGAAGUUAAAAGAGUUAGAAGAGGAUAAGAAAUUGGAAUGUGAAUCUUCAUGCAUCAUGAACGCUACUGGAAAUCCUUACCUAGAUGACAUUGGACUUCUCCAAGCUCUCACUGAGAAAAUGGUUUUGGCAUUUCUGUUACAACAAGGGUAUAGUGACGGUUACACAAAGUGGGAUAAAUUAAAACUAUUUUUUGAAUUAUUUCCAGAGAAAAUAUGCCACGGCCUCCCCAAUUUGGGAAACACCUGUUAUAUGAAUGCAGUGUUACAGUCUCUACUUUCAAUCCCAUCGUUUGCUGAUGAUUUACUUAAUCAGAGUUUCCCAUGGGGUAAAAUUCCCCUUAAUGCUCUUACCAUGUGCUUGGCACGGCUACUUUUUUUAAAAGAUACCUAUAAUAUAGAAAUCAAGGAGAUGUUACUCUUGAAUCUUAAAAAGGCCAUUUCAGCAGUUGCAGAGAUAUUCCAUGGCAAUGCACAGCACGAUGCUCAUGAGUUUUUAGCUCACUGUUUAGAUCAACUGAAAGAUAACAUGGAAAAACUCAGCACAAUUUGGAAGCCUAAAAGUGAAUUUGGGGAAGAUAAUUUUCCUAAACAGGUUUUUGCUGAUGAUCCUGACACCAGUGGGUUUUCUUGCCCUGUCAUUACUAAUUUUGAGUUAGAGUUGUUGCACUCCAUUGCUUGUAAAGCUUGUGGUCAGGUUAUUCUCAAGACAGAACUGAAUAAUUACCUCUCCAUCAACCUUCCCCAAAGAAUAAAAGCACAUCCUUCAUCUAUUCAGUCUACUUUUGAUCUUUUUUUUGGAGCAGAAGAGCUUGAGUAUAAAUGUGCAAAAUGUGAGCACAAGACUUCUGUUGGAGUGCACUCAUUCAGUAGGCUACCUAGAAUCCUUAUUGUUCACCUCAAACGCUAUAGCUUGAAUGAGUUUUGUGCAUUAAAGAAGAAUGACCAGGAAGUCAUCAUUUCCAAAUAUUUAAAGGUGUCUUCUCAUUGCAAUGAAGGCACCAGACCACCUCUUCCCUUGAGUGAGGAUGGAGAAAUUACAGAUUUCCAAUUAUUAAAAGUUAUUCGAAAGAUGACUUCUGGAAACAUCAGUGUAUCAUGGCCUGCAACAAAGGAAUCCAAAGAUAUCCUGGCUCCACACAUUGGAUCAGAUAAGGAGUCUGAACAAAAAAAAGGCCAGACAGUCUUUAAAGGGGCAAGCAGAAGACAGCAGCAAAAGUACCUUGGAAAAAAUUCUAAACCAAAUGAGCUAGAAUCUGUAUACUCAGGAGAUCGAGCAUUCAUUGAAAAAGAACCGUUAGCUCACUUAAUGACGUAUCUGGAAGAUACCUCACUUUGUCAGUUCCACAAAGCUGGAGGUAAACCUGCCAGCAGCCCAGGCACACCUCUCUCAAAAGUUCACUUUCAAACAGUGCCCGAAAAUCCAAAACAGAAGAAAUAUGUGAAAACCAGUAAGUUUGUAGCUUUUGAUAGGAUUAUCAAUCCUACUAAAGAUUUGUAUGAAGAUAAAAAUAUCAGAAUUCCAGAAAGAUUCCAAAAAGUGUCUGAACAGACUCAGCAGUGUGACGGUAUGAGAAUCUGUGAACAAGCCCCUCAGCAGGCACUGCCUCAAAGCUUUCCAAAGCCAGGCACCCAGGGGCACACAAAGAACCUCCUAAGACCUACAAAAUUAGAUCUACAGAAGUCUAACAGGAAUUCCCUACUUGCAUUGGGUUCCAAUAAGAAUCCAAGAAACAAAGACAUUUUAGAUAAGAUAAAAUCUAAAGCCAAGGAAACAAAAAGAAAUGAUAAGGGAGAUCAUACCUACCGGCUCAUUAGUGUUGUCAGCCAUCUUGGGAAGACUCUAAAGUCAGGCCAUUAUAUCUGUGAUGCCUAUGACUUUGAGAAACAGAUCUGGUUCACUUACAAUGAUAUGCAGGUGUUAGGUAUCCAGGAGGCCCAGAUGCAGGAGGAUAGGCGUUGCACUGGGUACAUCUUCUUUUACAUGCAUAAUGAGAUCUUUGAAGAGAUGUUGAAAAGAGAAGAGAAUGCCCAGCUUAAUAGCAAGAAGGUAGAGGAGACCCUUCAGAAGGAGUAAGAGGAACGUACUCCUCCUUGUACAGAUCUGCUUGACUGUCUCACUCGAUACCACUUCCUCCAUGGAAGGAAAACUGUGAACUUUAUCCAGAGAUGAAAAUGCAAUUAGUCUAGGACCAAAGGUCAAACAGAAACACUUAAUGGGGAGAUCUCCAUUCUAACCCUGACACAGACGCCUCAAUCCCAUAGCUCUGGCUGAUGAGCAUCCUUCUCUCCUACAAGACUGAAAUUGUGUUUUUCAUGUUCUUCUUCAUUUUAAUAUAGUCAGGGUCUUGCUCUGUCAUCCUGGCCAGAGUGCAGUCCUUCAAUAAUAACUCACUGCAGCCUCAAACUCCUGGCAUCAAGCAAUUCUCUCUCAGCCUCCUGAAAAGAGAGGGACUUCUCUUCUUGCUUGAGAUGGGACUAUAGAUGUGUGCCACCAGGCCUAGCUAUUUUUUUUUUUUUUUUGCUUUUUGUAGAGACAGGGUCUCACUAUGCUGCCCAGGUUGGACUUGAACUCCUGGCCUCAAGCAAUCUUCCUGCCUCUUUCCAUGUUCUAAUGCAGUGGUUUAAAAAGUAUGCUCCUUAAACUAGCAGCACCAGGAGCAUGGGGGUAGUCAUUUGAAAUGCAAAAUCUUGGGUUCCACUGUAGACCUACUGAUUCAGAAACUUGGGGUAAGGGAUAGCAAUCUGAUGGAGACCGUGAUGCUUGAUACAGUUUGAGAACCACUACUGUACUACAUACACUACCUUGGUUGUAUAUUUAAAUUGCUUAUUUUGUAAAAGGUUUUGAUUACAUUUUUGUGUUUUUCAUAUUAAUGUAUGCCUUGCCUUUGUGAACUUAUUAAAAGCCAAACUCACAAAAAUCACUUCUGAUCAUACUCUGCAAUUUGGUGGAAAAAAAUAGUUGCUGGGAUCCUGGCAAUAAAAAAUGAGGCUGAUAACUUUUGAAUCCUCUUGGGCAUAUAUAGAUGAGGCUAAACGCCAAGUCAAAUCUCCAGAUUGAUUUGCUUUUAAGAAAUUGGCCCACAUUUCCUGUGUGUCUGCUAGCAAGCUCUUGGCCCUUGGUGGUCUGAGCCCACCUUGCCAUGUUAGUCUUCUUAGAGGGGCACUUUCAUUGCCUCAGAGGAACUUUGUUUACCUGGACUUCAUCUGUGAAACCUUGAACAAUCCUCUGCAUUCAACAUUACAUGACUAAUUCCAGAUUUUUUUUUUUUUUUACAUCUCUGUACCUUAUAGUGUGGUGGUCUUGUUUCUUCAGUGAGUAAGCAAUAUAUGCUUUAAAGUGGACUUGUAGAAUUUGAAAGUAUUACUUGUUACUUAUUUGACACAACAUCAGAAACUCCAUAUGAAGAUGUUCUGCUUCUGGGGAAAGAUGCAUGGAUCCUAGGGUGGUCAUAUUUCAUUAAAAUCCAGGGGAUUUAAUAAUUUUGCCAUCAAGCAUGUGCCACCACUGUUAUCAUAACCUUUUCCUGCCUUUGAGGCAGUGAAUCUGUUGUACUUUGUGCCUUUGCUGUGAACAAAUGACUUGUACUAAGAGGUUUUCUCACAUAACAUAGGAUUGAAUUUUCAGUCACACCUUUACCAAUAGGAAUGUGCCCCCUUGUAUAUGGGGUAUGGCUUCAGUAUAGUUGUAUUAAUCCAAGAGCUUGUUGAUGCUCUUAAGCCUAGGGUGCUUUAAAAUAGGUGAGUUGGAUUUUAGUGGUGUGGGGAAGUUAUUAGUAGGUAAUACCCUGUAAGAGGAAAACCAGAUUCCAAAGCUUGGAGAUUGUAUUCAGAACACAGUUUAUCUAGAAGGAGGUCUUAUGAGACCUGAAGAUUGCUAAGGUAUAUAGGAGGAAAUAUCAUAGAUUGAAUUGAUCAUUCUUAGGGAAGAAGGUGUUACAGACACAAUGAGUGAUUGUUCAACUUCUGUAGUACUUCAGCAGCUGAAGGAUAAGGCUGGAGUUGCAUUUAGAGGAGAGUGACAGUUUGGUUUCUAAAUUUCAGUUUUUUGGCCUCUAGAGUAGUUUAUGUUGAACCCAGUUACAUAGAUAUCAGAACAGGAUUUUGGUAAGAAUGAAGGAAAGUUGUUUUGUUUUGAAAGGAGUGUGAAGAUGCUAAUAACUUGAUAUUUUAGUACAGAGUUUACAUCCUGGACAUGCUGCUCUUCAGCAUGUAGCACUUCCAAAUGCAGGGCAAAAUGAAAUGUGAAGAAGAUGGUGGGGGUAUCCAUGACAGGGAGGAUCGUAGCUGCAAUCCAUUGUUGCCCUGUGAGAAGAAAUUCUGAAUGCACUAUGAAUGCUUGUACAGUAUCUACAUGGUAUGUUUUCAAAUAAAAGAUUAAAAGUUGU